AGAAAUGAUUUGCCAGUGAUUUCAUUGCUGUUCUUGCAUUGCCUUACGUGGUGUUCGUGUAGAUUUGCUUGUCUUUUCAGCUUUGAUGGGUGUCGAGGAUCAAUUGAGUGGAGCACAACUGAUCAAUUCAGAAUAAAACACUGCAGAAAUCGCUUGGAUUCUUGUACCUUUUUAAGGGAAAAUCAAACAGUUUCAGCGCAUUUUGAUUCUUGAGCUCUGUGGCUUGCGAUGGGGGAGGUGGAGGUGAUUCACUUAUGGUCUACUCCGAGGUCGCUCAGUACUAGCCUGAUGUACUCUUUUGCCCAGAGAGAUGACAUGGAAGUGCUAGACGAACCACUCUAUGCGAAUUUCCUUCGGGUGACAGGUUACGAUAGGCCAUACCGUGAGGAGUUACUAUCCAAAAUGGAACCUGAUGGAAAUAAGGUCAUAAAGGACAUCAUUUUUGCACCAGGAAAAAAGAAGUACCGAUUUUGCAAGCACAUAGCAAAACAAAAAGUACCUGGUUUGGCAAGUGAUUUGAUGAAGAAAGGAAGGCACUUCAUAUUGAUAAGAAAUCCACUUGAUAUCUUGCCAUCCUACGAUAAGGUCAUACCUGCAACCUUUUCUGAAUUGGGCUUCUCAGAAUUGGUAUCUGUUUAUAAUGAGCUCAAAGAGUUGGGAAGACCCCCUCCUAUCAUCGACGCAGCUGAGCUUCAAAAGGAUCCUGAGGCAACUUUACGUGGUCUUUGUGAAGACCUCGAUAUUCCUUUUGAACACAAAAUGCUGAAAUGGGAAGCUUGUCCCAAAGCAAUAGAUGGUGUAUGGGCUCCAUGGUGGUAUAAAACUGUACAUAAAAGUACAGGUUUCGAGUCAGCAAGGAAAUAUCCUUUGCCAUUCCCAUUUACUCUAUAUGAUUUACUUGAGCAAACCACACCGCUCUACAACUUUCUUAGGCGCCAUGUAAAGCAGAAAUCACUUCUCCUCAUGUCUCCCUUGCCCACUCCUGAUCUUCCAGUUCCUGCAAACGAGAAGCUGCUUGCAUGGGUGGGGGAUGAGAUCUUACCUCGUGAUAGCGCGAAGGUUUCUGUGUUCGACUCUGUUGUCCAAGGCGGAGACUCAGUAUGGGAGGGACUUAGAGUUUAUCGAGGAAAAAUAUUUAAGCUUGAUGAACAUUUGGAUAGGUUAUUUGAUUCAUCAAAAGCUUUGGCUUUCCAGAAUGUUCCUACUAGAGACGAGGUGAAGGGUGCCAUUUUCGGAACGCUCAUUCGGAAUGGAAUGUUCGAUAAUGCACACAUCCGAUUAUCUUUAACACGUGGGAAAAAGGUCACUUCUGGAAUGAGUCCCGAAUUCAAUCUCUAUGGAUGCACCUUAAUUGUGCUUGCUGAAUGGAAACCUCCUGUCUACGACAAUACGAGCGGAAUAACUCUAGUGACUGCCACAACACGUCGUAAUGCACCUAAUAAUUUGGAUUCAAAGAUUCAUCACAAUAAUCUUCUCAACAACAUUCUUGCCAAGAUUGAAGGAAACAAUGCGAAGGCUGGUGAUGCUAUCAUGCUGGACAAAGAUGGUUUUGUGUCUGAAACAAAUGCGACAAACAUUUUUUUAGUGAAAAAAGGCAAAGUUUUGACACCUGAUGCUGAUUACUGUCUCCCUGGAAUAACUCGUGCAACGGUCAUGGAUCUUGUGGUGAAGGAGAAGCUGGUAUUGGAGGAGCGAAGAAUCAGCCUAUCAGAAUUUCAUACUGCAGAUGAGGUAUGGACUACUGGAACAAUGGGAGAACUUACCCCUGUUGUGAAGAUCGACGGGCGCGUGAUUGGGGAUGGACAAGUUGGACCUGUGACAAGAAGGUUACAAAAUGCUUACAGGAAACUGACAGAAGAAUCAGGAGUGCCUAUCCCAACCUAUCAAGACACUAAAAAGUGAACAUCUCUCCACAAGGUGCACUUUCCUUGCUACAAAUAAUUGAAUCAUCUUUGUACACUUGGUGACAAUGAAUCGGAAUUUCUACGUUCACUACUAAUAAAUGAAUGUUCUAGUCGAAGCCUUGAGGCUUA